AUGGUGAAGAUGCCUGAGCCAAUGAGACGAAGGACUAGGAGCUCAAAGAUGAAUAAAGGUUCAGAUAAAAAAGAAACCAUAUCGCACUUGGAAACACCCUGCUCAUACACGACACGUCUUAAUUCGUUCAUACAACCACAUAUACACAAUGAUGAACCUAUAACGUAUUCAAAGAGAGCACCUCGAUCACAAAUACCACAAGAUUUACAGGCGUAUUUGGGGAGUGAUAAAAAAACGGUGAUGAUUCAAACACCACAAAGACUUGCCCAAGUUGGGUUUUAUUACACCCCUAAAUCAAUUAGACAAAAGUAUGCCAUAACAUGCUCGUCAUGUAACCAACGAAUUGAGCAUGCUAUACCGUUAAAUGUGGAUAUUAUACAGUAUCACCUCGAUAGCUCACCUUCCUGUCCUUAUUCCAAGAUUUGUGCGUUCAGAAGCUCUAUCAAUGAAGUUCACAAUUCUUGGAGAGACGACAAGGAUUUUGGAAUACCGUCCAUAGAGUCUGGUCGAAAGUUGAGGCUAAGCACAUUCAAUACCUGGAAACAUCAAUAUCCUGAUGUUAAUAGAAUGAUAGAAUCGGGUCUUUAUUAUGAUCCCUCAGAUGAAAAGGAUGGUAUCCCCAAUGAUAGGGUAGUGUGUUUAUAUUGCGGAAUGAGCAUGGAACAAUGGGAAGAACAUGAUGACCCUGUUGAAGCACACAAAGAAUCGAAUCCCUCAUGUUGGGUCUUCAACUAUAAAAGAAUUCUAGAGCAAGAAAGAAAUGAAGCUGAAAGGGCUAAGGAAGAGAGUGCACAAGGAAAAAUCCAUGAAAUAAAUGACGACAGCAAUGCUGAAAGAGAAACAUCCUACAAACAAAAUCCGGAAGUGUCAGCUCGAGUAUCUAUACAUGAGACAUUAAACGAAAUGCCUGAUUUCGAGAACAAUUGUGAUGAAGAACCUACUGACGAACCCGCUGACGAAAUUCAUGAAGAUAAUAUGAUACCAGGUAAUAAUGCACAGUCCAAUGAGCAUUCCAUUGUAUCCAUAACAACUACUGAUACUACUACUACCACUGCCUUACCUGUUGAAAUAGUAGAUGUUGAUGAAGUCGAGGAGUUUUUGUCAAAUCCACAAUCAAACCAACCAGAUCAAAUGGUAGAUAUACCCAGUAUGAAGUCUUCAGAAUUAAGUCAAUUUUUCACUGAAAUGGAUGCAGAGUCGGAGAAUGAUACAGGUGCGUCUUAUUUUAGUGCCAAUAGAAGAAAGCGUAAAAAGGAAAAGGAAGAAAAAGAAAAGCUUAUGUCCAAUGUUGAGCCGAUAUCCGAAGAAGUUGACGAGGCUCCUAUCUAUGAGAAUGAUGAUUUUGCAUCUGGUAAAGUCUGUAUGCCUGAAAAUGCACAGGAGGAAUGUAUAGAGACUAAUGCAGGCUAUGAAGUAGAAGAUACAAAUGAAAAUGCUGGAAAUGAACGCAAGGGAUUUACAAAUUCCAAUGGCGAAGAUAACAUGAAUGAUUAUCCAAAACUUAACUCUGACUUGGUAAAUCAGAGCGGGGAAGAUUUACGUCAGCUUGAAGAAGACACGAGUUUGCAUGUGCAUGAGGAUAAUGAUCACAUGGAAACAACUGGAACUGAACAUCAGGCUGAUCAUAAUGAACAAAAAGAUAAUAUUGGUAGUUCUGGACUUAAUCAGGAUAUUGAGAUACCACCGGGUGAAAUUCAUUUGGAACAAGCUGAUUUAGUACCUUCUACAAACAUAGUAAACAAUGAAGAAUUAUCAAAUGGUCUUUUAGAUCGAAGUACUGUGUUUAUAGUUGCUAAUUCAAAGUUUACAGAAAAGAUUUUAGAAGGUAAGAAAAAUACUGAUGCUAGAUUUAUUUCCAUUGAUUAUGAUCACGACCAAAACGAUUCUGAAACAUCAAAACUUGCUGCAAAUGAAAAUAAGUCUAUAAGAAAAGCAGAUGAGAGUGAAAACUUUAAUGGAAAUGUCAAUUUUGAAAGUGGCUCAAACGUUGAAGAAAACAUUAAUAAUAGACACGAGAAUAAUGUUGAAACUGAGAGAGUCGAAAACAACCAGAAUCUUCGGGAAAUUCUGACAAGCAAAGAAGCCAGCAGAGUUGAGAAGUUGGAGGCAGAAUUGAACCUACUCAAAAUGAAAAUAGCAGCCCUGCAAAAUGAAAGAACCGCGGAGAAAACUGAAAAUAUCAUAAUCAGGGAACCCGAAAGAAAGGGUGUUAAUAUCAAAAUAGAAGAAGAGCUUGAGAAAAGUAAUGAAAAGGUGAAGGUGAAAGGAAAAUCGAAACACAAAAAAGUCAAAUCUAAACUGAAAUCUAAAUCCAAAUCAAGAUCAAAGAAAAGGACACGUUCAGUUGAAGCUGAGCAUGAUGAUGGUGACUUGCUGGCGAUUCCAGACAAAGGGAAGAGAUUCAAGGGAGCACAAAAUAAAGCAAAUAUCCAAGUGAAGUCGGAACAUAGCGGUAAAGAUGAGCUAACUUUGCAUGUAGAUCAAAUUAUGGCCGAAAAUUCUGAAGAAGUUGACAGUCCAUCUGAGAGGUUGCCGGAGCUGAAUAAUGAUUUAUUUGAAAGGGGCUCUGUUGAGCACCUUCGUCAUUCAUCUGUAACUUCUAAUUCUAACGAUGCUAAAAUUGAUCUAGAACCGAAGAACAACCAAUUAGAUAUGGAAGACAUCUCCAGAAAUAUUGAGCAUAAAGAAACUUCCGAAAUACCAACACAAGCAGAUCAGGCCCGAAGCUUGAAUCUCUCUGAGGAUGAAAUAUUAGUUGACAACAUGUUUGUUCCUCCGCCUAAGCCAGCUAGAAGCAGCAGAGCAGCAAAAGCUAAUGUAACUGACGACGUCAACGAAUCGAGUAGGCAUGAGUUAUCACCUACCCUGUUACGGAAGAGUGCGAGGGUAUCUCCGGAAGGUGAUGAACCCACUGCCAAGGUAUAUUCCUAUGAAGAACUAGAUAAGCUGAUGCGCAAGGAAUCCAUUCCUCAGGUGCAAAAUGUAAGAAAGGAAAAGACACCUCAGGAAAAGCUUGAAUUUGGAGCUGACAUUUUAAUGGGCAACCAAAGCACUCCUUACAUGAACUCUGUCCAAGAGCUCAAAUUUCCCGAUCUCCCUCCUAGUAGGAUAUUCCCAGACGUCGAAAGAAAUAGUGCGAUGAAAACUCCGCAGGCUGAAGCCAUUAUAAAUAAACGCAGGGAAUCUACGGGAGAAUUAAAUAAGGAACGUUUGGUGCGUCCAUCUACCGAUGAUGUUACAAAGAAGGAAGCGUAUGAAAGGGAAAGACUAGAUGGAAAUCUCCAAGAGGUGCCGAAAGGCGACUGGGAACAACUCAGUACACAGAAGUACCAUAGCAUUUACAGAGAUGUAUCAGAGGCUGUGAAAUAUGUCAAGGAGGUUGUAGAUGUUCCGUACAACCUUCUAGCAGAGGACCUCGAUGGUACGCUAACCGAGUUUGUUGCAGCAAUACCUCCUAGCCAGUUGAAGCUGACCAUCCGUGAGUGGAUGGAACUCCAGGAGGAGCAAGCCGUGGGGCUUGUUAGGGAAAAGGCAGAAGAAAUGCUAUUGUCUUUCCGUGCUGACCAACAGCGUGCUUUGGCGUUUCUUGAAGGGCUACCGGAGCUUCAGUUGUAA